GAAGUCUAGGCGCAUCCCGAGGAACAGGAUCGGAAGGUGGUUUGUCGAAGAGGCACUGAGGCAGUCCGCAGUCGAGGGCCAUCAUCCAUGCUGCCAUGUUCAGGACAAGAAUAAAUUCCGGGCCCUCCGCCUGUUGAUGAAGAGACAUAGGACACAAUCCGGUUACACAGGACUUCUCUCAUAGCUCUCCAUCAGGAUGCAGCUCAAGUUCCUUUCUGUCUUGUGCCUCUUCGGAGUCAGCACAUGGGCUCUUCCCGCGCCCGCUGAACAGACUACAGCCACCUCGACCAGCGGCACAUCCACCUCAAGCGCCAGCCCAACCCCAUGGGACUUCCGAAGAGGCGCGGUCACGGAAUAUCCCGUCCACUCUUCCUGCAAUUCCACGUUGCGUCGCCAGCUUGAGCGGGCUCUUAACGAGACCGUGGAGCUUGCCACGCAUGCGCGCGACCACAUCCUCCGCUGGGGAGGUGACUCGCCUUUCGUGCAGAAAUACUUUGGAAACGGCACGGCGACGGCCACGCCCCUGGGCUGGUACGAGCGUGUCAUUGCAGCAGACCGCAGGAACAUGACUUUCCGCUGCGACGACCCGGAUCGCAACUGCGCUACGCAGGAUGGCUGGGCGGGCCACUGGCGCGGAGCAAACGCCACGCAAGAAACCGUCAUCUGCGACCUCUCCUUCGCGAAGCGGCGCUGGCUCGACUCGGUCUGCGGCCUGGGCUACACGGUGACGGAGUCGCCGCUCAACACCUUCUGGGCUACCGAUCUGCUGCACAGGGUGUUGCACGUCCCGCGGAUCAGCGAAAACGUCGUCGAGCAUUUCGCUGAGGACUACGAGGGCGUGGUUGAGCUGGCCAAGACCGAUCCGGCAAAGUCGGCCAUUGACAGCGACACCCUCCAGUACUUCGCCAUCGACGUCUACGCGUUUGACAUUGCUGCGCCGGGCGUCGGAUGUACGGGCAAUUGAGAUGCCAGGUGAUUCUCGUCGCGGGGCUUGUUGGGCAAGGGGGCAUAUCCGGGGCCAACGGGAUCGAGCGAUGUCAUGUAAUUAGCAUUGGGCCGGCUUAGCCCGAUUCUCAUGCAUGUCCUGCAGUGCUUCUAGAUGCGUAAGACAAACAAAACAGGCGCCGAGAUAUGUAC